ACUUCUGCUCGGUUAGAAUGAAAACCUGCACCCACACCGGCCCUUUCCGGAUAACAUUGCCCUCCCCGGUGUAGAGUGUCCGUGCUGACCCCUGUCCCUGACCCCUGUCCACUGUCAAAAGGUCACUUGGACUGAUGAGUCCCGUUUUCUUUUACAUCAGGUGGAUGGACAGGUACGUGUGUGCUGUUCACCUGGGGAAGUGAUGGCACCAGGAUGCGCUGUUGGUAGAAAACAAGCCGGUGGAGGGAGUGUGGGAGUCAAUGUGACACGUGCCACCUACCUAAACACCGUUGCCACCUAGCAACCAGCUGGGUUAGUCUAGCAAUCACCUUAGCAACCAGAUGGAAUAUCAUACAAUAGCAACCACCUUGCAAUUCCCUAGCAACCAACUGAGUUAGCAUACCCUAGCAACUAGUUGGGUUAGCCUAACAAUCACUUAGCAACACCUUAGUGACCAGAUGGACUAUCAUAGCAACCACCUUGCAGCACCCUAGCAACCAACUAGGUUAGCACAGCAACACCCUAGCAACCAGUUGGGUUAGUCUAACAAUCACCUAGCAACACCUUAGCAACCAGAUGGAAUAUCAUAUAGUAGCAACCACCUUGCAGUGCCCUAGCAACCAACUGAGUUAGCAUAGCAACAUCCUAGCAACCAGUUGGGUUAGCCUAACAAUCACUUAGCAACACCUUAGUGACCAGAUGGACUAUCAUAUCAACCAACUAGAAUGUCAGGAAGUCGGGGUCAGAGCGCAGGGUCGGCCAUGAUACAGCGCCCCCUGGAGCAGAGAGGGUUAAGGGCCUUGCUCAAGAGCCCAACAGUGGCAGCUUUGCAGUGCUGGGGCUCAAGCCCCUGAACAGUAACCCAGAGCCUUAACCGCUAAGCCACCACUACCCUGGGGACCAAAAGGUGGCCCUGGACUUUCUGUCCCCGAUACACUUGUAAACGUUUGGCGCGGCUCUUGGUAGCUCGGGGCCCAAGGCAAUUGCCGACCUUUGCCUGACGGUAAAGUCUACGCUAUGAUGUGUUUAGGAAUGCUCCUGGUGCUAAAUGAAACCUUCAUCAAUCUGCUGAGCAUCAUAAAAUCAUCUGGUAAAAUCAGUUCGAGUCACACUGCUGUGUUUGGGUUACUGGUGGCUGUAUUAGAAUGACUAAGUGUCAGUAAGAUGGCCGCCGGCUGUGUACAGACUUCACUAGAAGGACUUUGAGUAAACGUGUCAUGGUGUAAAUAAAGAAGGUGUUUAUGGGUACGUGUCUGUUCCAGAGGUUCACACGCGGUACUGCGGUGCUGAGCGGGGAAGUGUAUUGUUGGGUCUCUGGGAUUAGAUCCGUUACAGAACUGAGGAGUGCUAAGGAGAAAUGGAGCGGUUUGAGGAUCAGUAUGAAGAGAUGCACCGCUGUAAUAUUUAUAUCAUCUAUAAAAUAUUUCAGAAGCAGAGCGACGGGGAAAUGAUUCUUGAACGAAGAUCCAGAGGUUCAUUUAUUCCUUCCAUCCUUCCUUCCUUUGUCCUCCAUGUUGGUUUUCCUAUCUGCUUUCUGUUCUUCUUUCUUUCCUUUAAUUUGCUUUUCUGUUAUUUUCUUUUCCUUUAUUCAUUAAUUACUUCAUUCCUUCAUUCAUUUGUCCUCCAUGUUGGUUUUUCAUUUCUCCUUUCUUUCUUCCUUUGUCCUCCAUGUUGGAUUUUCAUUUCUCCUUUCUUUCUUCCUUUGUCCUCCAUGUUGGUUUUUCAUUUCUCCUUUCUUUCUUCCUUUGUCCUCCAUGUUGGAUUUUCAUUUCUCCUUUCUUUCUUCCUUUGUCCUCCAUGUUGGAUUUUCAUUUCUCCUUUCUUUCUUCCUUUGUCCUCCAUGUUGGUUUUUCAUUUCUCCUUUCUUUCUUCCUUUGUCCUCCAUGUUGGAUUUUCCCAUCGCCUUUCUAUCCUUCAUUUCUUUUAUUUAAAUUUCCUUUAUUCACUCAUUUAUUUAUUCAUUUAUUCCUUCCUUCCUCCCUCCCCUCGCUCUCCACUUUCUUUUUCUUUCUUUUUUUCUUUCUUACUUUCUUUCCCUCCUUCCUUCCUACACCUCUUCCUUUCUGUCCUCCUUCCUUCCUCCCCCACUUUCUUUCUUUCCUUCCUUCCUCUUCCACUUUUUCUUUCCUUCCUUCCUUCCUCCCCCCUUUCUUUCUUUCCUUCUUUUCUUUCUUUCUUUCCUUCCUUCCUUCCUCCCCCACUUUCUUUCUUUCUUUCUUUCCUUCCUUCCUUCCUCCCCCACUUUCUUUCUUUCUUUCUUUCCUUCCUUCCUUCCUUCCUCCCCCACUUUCUUUUUCUUUUCUUUCUUCCUUUCUUUCCUUCCUUCCUUCCUUCCUCCCCACUUUCUUUUUCUUUUCUUUCUUCCUUUCUUUCCUUACUUCCUUCCUCCCCCACUUUCUUUCUUUCUUUUUUCUUCCUUCCUCCCCACUUUCUUUCUUUCCUUCUUCCUUUCUUUCCUUCCUUCCUUCCUCCCCACUUUCUUUCUUUCCUUCUUCCUUUCUUUCCUUCCUUCAUUCCUCCCCACUUUCUUUCUUUCUUUCUUUCCUUCUUCCUUUCCUUCCUUCCGCCCCUCUUUCUUUUCUUUCUUCCUUUCCUUCCUUCCUUCCUCCCCCACUUUCUUUCUUUCCUUCCUGAUUAACUGUAGAUCUGGAGUUGAUCUGGAUAGAACACUGAACAUAAGGCAGGAAUGCACUGGGAAUGGAUCCACAUGUCCUCCUCUUUGUUUUUCUGAAUUGCCCUCCAACUUCUAAAAGUUUAGGUUUUUUUUUUUUUAAGCUUGUGAUGUCACACUGAGCUUCUUUUUUUUUUUUUUUUUUUUUUUUUUUUUUUUUUUUAAAGUGGAACUUUUUGUACAUUUUUGGGAGCUCAAAAAAGUCACCUCAUUUCCCCCUCGUCGUGGCCACUUCCUGUAGGAUUAUUUAUAAAAAAGUAAACAGUGGUGGAGGGAAAAAUAAAACCCACUAAGUGUAAAAGCAGCUUCAUAAAACAUUUCAGCAGCAACCUUCUAAAAAAUCCGUACAGAGUUCAGAGAGAGACGUCUGCUCCUUUCACAAACCGGUUUUUCCUUAUCUUCUACAGAUAGUCUAUCUUUCCUCAUCGAUAUAUUUGUGUGCAGUCUGGGCAGGAAGAUAAGAGGGGACAUGAAUUCAGAUGGCUUCAUUUAAAGAUACAGUGAUCGAGACCGUACGCUAAAGCCUUUAGAUGAUUAUCAUUGUUUUCCAGCGUAAGGAUGAAACUGAAAUUAAAUUUCCUGUUCAUUUCCUAUUUUAAGUAUCUGUUAUUGUCUGUACAGGAAAUGAAUUCAAACGUGUCCAUGUGGGCUGCAGAAAUGUUCCUCUUUAACCGUAUUAGAGCUUCAUGUCUAAUAAACCUGCCUCUUUAUAAACAUGAGUAGAACUGCUGUAAUAAUAAUAACAAUAAUAAUAUUUUUUUAUUUAUACUAUAGACUGUUGUUAUAGAUUUAGAUUUAAAUGGCUCAGAAAUAAGUAUUACAAUUUAAAAUCAUUUAAAAUUAGAAAUACUUCUGAUUAUAUGCAUAAACAAAAAAUAUAUCCGUAAAACAAUGUAUCUGUUCAAGCAAAAAACUUGAUGUAAAAAAGUAUAAUGUGUGUAUGUAUAAGAUUAUAAUCUGUAAAUAUGUUAAAUUAAACAUUAAAACAUAACAGCACAA